AGAUGCCCAGUCCGCUGGUGCUGGCGCUGGCCCUCCUGGGGAGCCUGGUCCCCGUGUCCCCUGCUCCCGGCCAGGCGCUGCAGCGAGUGGGCAUCGUAGGGGGGCGGGAGGCCCCUGGGAGCAAGUGGCCCUGGCAGGUGAGCCUGAGACUCAAAGGCCAGUACUGGAGGCACAUCUGCGGGGGCUCCCUCAUCCACCCGCAGUGGGUGCUGACUGCUGCCCACUGUGUGGGACCGAACGUCGUGUGUCCUGAAGAAAUCAGGGUUCAGCUCAGGGAGCAGCACCUCUACUACCAGGACCACCUGCUGCCCGUCAACCGGAUCGUCAUGCACCCCAACUACUACACACCCGAGAAUGGGGCGGACAUUGCCCUGCUGGAGCUCGAGGACCCUGUGAACGUCUCUGCCCAUGUCCAGCCGGUCACCCUGCCACCCGCCUUGCAGACCUUCCCCACGGGGACGCCGUGCUGGGUGACGGGCUGGGGUGACGUGCACAGUGGAACGCCCCUGCCGCCGCCCUUCCCCCUGAAGCAGGUCAAGGUCCCCAUCGUGGAGAACAGCAUGUGUGACGUGCAAUACCACCUGGGCCUCAGCACGGGGGACGGCGUACGGAUCGUCCGCGAGGACAUGCUGUGCGCUGGCAACAGCAAGAGCGACUCCUGCCAGGGCGACUCUGGAGGGCCGCUGGUCUGCAGGGUGAGGGGCGUCUGGCUGCAGGCGGGUGUGGUCAGCUGGGGAGAAGGCUGCGCUCAGCCCAACAGGCCUGGCAUCUACACCCGCGUCGCCUACUACCUGGACUGGAUCCACCAGUACGUCCCCAAGGAGCCCUGAGCCCAGCCCCCGGGCCGCCCGGGUUGGUGGGGAAGCCGGCCUCCACGGCGCCUCACCCCUGCCCCCCGGCCCGGGGGCCGCCCUUUUCCCCCUGUCCCCGUGGCCUGUCCCCGGAGCCCGCCGUGGGCGCCCACCCUCAUUAAAGUGCAUGGAAGCAG